AUGCCAUACUUCUCAAGAAUCAGCGGAAGAGAUGAACUGAGGCCCAUAGCAAGCACGUUAAUCGGAGCCAAAGGGAGUGAUUUGAUGCUCAUCAAGCUUGCAAUUGCGGCCUUUGAGAAGGCUUCAUGGCCUACCACCAUUCAAACUGGUCGUUACAUGUACCCUCUUGCUAGCAACUCGAGGAAUGUGGAGUCGUCGGUCAACGACAGUUCUGGGACCUACCAAAGGAAGCAGAGUGACCUUGAACAGCUUUGCAAAGAUCUAAGCUAA